AUGCUGAAGUUGAUUGAUCUCGGCAUCAGCCAGCGCCUGCCGGUGGAUUGCACCCACAUGGAUCUCCAGCAGCCGAUGGGUUCAAUUAUCUACAUGAGUCCUGAACAGCUUACCUGCAUCGCCAGUGGUUCCUCGACGCAUCCAGCCAGUACCAGGGGUGACAACGAACCAAAGGUCCGAUUGAAGACUGACGUCUGGUCGCUCGGCGUAAUUCUUUACGAGAUGGUGCAUGGCCGCGCACCAUUCGGCCGAACUCACCAGGCCGCCAUAAUGACGGCCAUAAUCUCUCCAAACUUCCCCAUACCAUUCCCCCAUGUGAUAAAUCCCAAGAUCGACAAGGCCCUCAAGCGCUGCCUUGUUCGUGAUAUUAGGCAACGCGCGUCGCUAAAUGACUUACUGGAGAUGUACAGCUAG